GUCGCCUGUUGGUGGCUUUAUUUUUGCUCGAAUUUUUAAAUAUAAUUUAAAUGAUAAAUGGUCAAUACACAGUUGUAAUAUUAAAUAAUAAGUGAAAAAUCGCAUUUUAAAUACUUACGAGUGUAUUGUAGAAGAUGGAAUUUCAAGAAACCGUAGUCAAAGACAGCCCUGGCUUAUGCCGGUGUUGUCUCUCCGAAGGUUGUUACAAAGAGUUGGGAGCAGAGUACACUUGGUUUAAUGAGACUGAAAUUUAUGCCGAUAUGUUAUUGGAUUGCUUUGAUAUAAGUAUUUCGCAGCAUGUGGAUGGCCCUAAUGGUCCGAAUAGGCUAAUAUGUGAAGUUUGCAUUACGAGAUUACGGGAUGCCUGUGAAUUUAAGAAGCAAGUGCUAGAGUCAGAGAAAAAGUUUAUCAACAUGGUUUGCAAAGGGGAAUUCAGUAAAACAGUGCUGGUGUACAAGGACCCUGUAAAAGUAGAACUCAAAGACAACUUGGAUACAGAAUAUCUUGAUGAAGAUUUGGACCUUGAUAAUGAUGAUUUACCCGAAAAAAUAGAAAUAGAGACUCCUCUUGAUAAUGCUGAUUUGACUGCAUCAGUGUCGGCAGUAAAAAAGAAAAGAGGAAGACCAAAGAAGACUUUAACUGAAGAAGAAAAACCCACACCGAAAAAAGCUAAACUUGAAGAUAAACCAAGGACAUCUAAAGAUGAAUUCCAAGGCAUCUACAGUUCUGAACGGAGAAGGAGAAAUUUGCAAAUAAUCUUCAACAACACGUCCAUCAUCCCUUUUAAAUGGAAAAAACAAUACGUUUGCUUUUACUGCGGCGAGGCUUAUGCCGAAUACGAGGAGUUCAGGAAACACACAAAAUCACACGGAAUGUGCACAACGAGCGAUAAUGCGUUGAAAAUGAUUAACGGGAGGCACAUAGAAGUCAAAUUAGAUACAUCGGAGAUUUAUUGCGAAAUUUGCGAUGAAACAUUUCAAAACUUCAAAGAAAUUAUUGAUCAUCUUAUAACAGAGCACAAGGUCGAGUACGACAAGGACUUCGACAUGCUGUUUCAGGAGUAUAGACUCCUCGAUAACCGUUGUCGAUAUUGUGAUGAGGAAUUUACUGACUUUAGAAGUUUACUACAUCAUAUGAAAACCUUACACACCCCGAAGGAUUUUAUUUGCGACAGUUGUGGUGCAGGCUUUAAGAAGAAAAUUCGUUUAUCAAACCAUCUCCGUACUUACCACCGCGACGGUGGCUACUCCUGCGACCUGUGCUCAGAAAUGUUCGAGUCUCGAAUUUGGUUAAAAAAACAUCAAAAUAACUUCCAUCCCAGAGAUUGUAAAGCUUGCAACGCUAGUUUUCCGUCUUGUAUACUGUUACAAGAACAUAUCGAGCGAGACCACCCGGAUGACGGUGAUCUAAAAUGUGCAUACUGCCAUUAUUGCCUUAAAAAGUUCCAUACGAAGCAGGAGCUCAACCAACACAUCGGUAGGUGCAAAAUGAAAUUGCAAGUGAAAGUCUCGCACGAUACAAACCCGAGUGGCACAGGUGGCAACAGAAUACAACCGAGGAAGAGGCAUAAUACUUCGCAAAUGAGGAAGAACAUACACACCGUUUUAGACUUGUCGACGGCCGUACCGUUUAUGUUUACCUCUUCUACAUUCUGUUGCUUUUAUUGUCCACAAAAGUUUUUUGAAUUCGACGACCUCAGAGAACAUACGCUAAAGGAUCAUCCCGUCUGCGAGUCGAAAAGUAAAUACUUGAACAGAUGUAAAGGCGAACGAGUCACCGUCAAGAUAGACAUAUCGUCGUUGUCCUGCACGGUUUGCGGACUGCCGAUGGAAGGUUUCGACAAUUUAAUAGAUCACAUUAUCAGUGAACACCGAUCGCCCUACGAUAAGUCCAUAGCGAGCUGCUUCGAGCUCUUCAAGGUGGCAAAGGACAAUAUACCCUGCCCGUACUGCCCGAAAGUCUUUCGAUACUUCGGUAUUCUCCUCAAACAUAUCAACUCGGACCACAACGAUAACUGUAUUAUCUGCGAUUUCUGCGGCAAGAGUUUCAAGAAGGUGACGAAUUUAAAAUUGCACAUAGGGCACGUCCACACCGGACCUUACGAAUGCGAAAUUUGCGGAUCCAAAUUAAAAAAUCAGUCGUGCCUAAAACGGCACAAGGCUAAACAUCAUAACGAGAAGGAUAUCAAGUGUUCGAAAUGCCCGGAGCGAUUCGCGAGCCAGUACCACAAACAGAAGCAUCUGAUCCAGGCCCACGACAUCGGGCAUAGAUGCAGCUACUGCGACAAGAUAUUCACAAGGAACUCCUUCAUGAAAGAUCACAUACGGCGGACGCACUUGAAGGAGAAGGACGUGGUCUGCUCGGUCUGCAACGACAGGUUCUUCGACAACUACCAUUUGAAGUUGCACAUGGUGAAACAUCAGGGCCAGCGAUCGUUUAUCUGCGACGUGUGCGGCAAAGCUUUCCUGCGUCGAAGAAAUUUGAGCACUCACAUGGAGAUGCAUAAGAAGUAUGGUCAAGAUAACGCGUUGUAGAUUUUUCUGUAUAUAUUUUAUAUAAGCAACUACCGUCGCCCAUGGAU